CUUGUACUCCAUUAGAGAAUGUAAAUUUCACCAGUCAGCUGAAUGCUAGUAUGCAGAAUGGUAGCAAUGAGUAUUAUGACCAAACUGAAUUAAAUCAAGGUUUAAAGAUUGUAAAUAUUGACGGAAAUGUGGAAGAAUUUAUAAAUCUGGUUGAAAUUCAAGAAAUUGUCGAACUCACGUCUCCAAACCCAAUUUCUUUCAUUAAUAACUCCAUCAGUAGUAUAGCGGAUCAAGUUCAGCAGUUAAGCUCUAACAGUACAACAGCUGCGGCUACAGGUCAACCUCAACCAACCACCCUGAACCCUGCAGCUCUAGUUCCUCAAGCAGUUAUAGAAGAGGUUGGAGUAGGCACAAUCCAAACCUAUAUCCCGGAUCCGGGUCAUAUAUCCGGAUUUAACCGGAUAUCUAAUCUCAAAUCUAACUCUGAUGUUUCAUCUCCGGAUGUGUUGAUCCCGUUAACAUCUCCAGGAAAAUCCUCAACCUUGGAGAAAUCCUCAAAUUCAACCUUUAGUAUUCAUACCAACGAUCUGUUCACUAAACUAAAACUGGAAGACGAUCAGGGAUCUAGCUCCAGCGAUCAAUUUGAAAUUUUGGAAAUCAACCCAUAUUUACCUCAUCCCAAAAAACAGUAUCGACACUAAUUAUAUCCAAAUUUAAUAUAAUUAAUAAAUUUUGCAAUCCUUGUUU